UUUCCAUUCUCAACCGGCGAGACGGUAAGAAACGCGCGAGCACGAUCGAGUGAACGGACGCUUAAAGUUUCCGUGGCGUCUUCGUUUAUUACCACACUAACUUCAUCAUAUUCGCACUCUAGUUUUGAUGCUUUUCGCUGAUGUUUUGACUGAACUGUGUUUGUAGUAAACUGGACUUUGUAUUUGGGUGGCCAAAGCGCACAGCGGAUCUCAUCCAUCACCACACCGAGAUCAUCACCAUCACCAUCGCUGGAUCCCCGCGCCCGGAAGAAUGUCUGAAUACAGCUCGUUGUUGAGUGAUCUGUCUGAGAACAUCACUAAUGAAGACGUGGAGCAGCUGAAGUCAGCCUGUAAGGAGGACAUCCCUGAAGAACAGAGUAACUCCAUCAUCUCCUCCAAAGAGUGGUUCAGCUACCUGGAGAAGAAUGACAAACUGGCACAAGAUGACCUAUCCUACAUAGAGCACAUCUUUGAGAUCUCACGGCGACCUGACCUCUUGACCCGGGUCAUUGAGUACCGCACAACCGUGCUAAAGAUCUCUGAAGACGACGAGAUUGACACCAAACUCACACGCAUCCCCUCUGCAAAGAAAUAUAAGGAUAUCAUUCGCCAACCGUCAGAAGAUGAAAUUAUCAAACUGGCCCCUCCCCCUAAAAAAGCAUGAGGUCAAUGUUCAUGACCUCUGCUCCUCAUCCCCGGCACUUCAUCUUGCCCAUCAUAGUUACCAAACCACUCCCACCACCCCGCCCACAUCACCUCCCAAUGAACAGAAGCCAAGCAGCAAAUCAGAUUGCCAAGA